AUGAAUAUUGUCUCAACUUCAAAACCCACCGACUCCACUCCACCAUCCUCCCAAAUUGUUACUAUUCAUAGUGACAACACUCCGUUUCCUACCAGCAUCAUCUUGACAGAGACCAAUUAUGCCUUAUGGUCUCAGGUCAUGGAGAUGCGUAUUGCUGCCUACGAAAAAUUGGGGUACCUCACCAGCAACGCCCCACAACCUUCAAAGCUCUCCUCCACCUACAACAAAUGGUGUACGGAGAACUUUCGAGUCAAGAGGUGGCUCAUCAACUCCAUGUCUCCCGACUUGAUGAGUCUUUUCAUAUGUUUAAGUACCGCCACAGAAAUAUGGGAUGCCAAUGGUGCACCUGUCCACAAAUACUUCAGCCAGUUGCAGACCAUCUUUCAGGAGAUUGAUCACCGUACUUCAAAUCGCAUGCACUACGACGCUGACGUGACUGAACGUCAGACCGAACUGGAUCGUCUUCGUGUUCACCUUUUUCUUGCUGGCCUCGACCCUCAGUUUGAUCAAGUCCAGGGGGAUAUCCUUUGCCUAUGUCCUUUGCGAAGCUCAACAAUGAUUGACCAUGACCAGUACUCCAGACACUGUGGUCUUGGCCACUCAAUGUCCAUGGGGCCCUCCGUCCUCUUUCAGUGGUACCCGAAUUGGUGGGACCACUCUAAAGCUCCCCGCAAGAAUAGGAGCAAAUCACUCAACACAUCAUCCGCCUCAUAUCCUGUAUGUCCUGUUGUUUCGACUACACCGGCUCCCGCCUCUGCCUCUAUAGCCACAACAAGUACCCAAGGUUAUGUUUUGCAUAGUUCUUCAAAGAAACACACAUGGGUCAUUAACACUGGAGCCACUGAUCAUAUGACCUUUGAUUUUGGACAAAUUACCUCUCAUACACUGUCUUCUCAAUCAGUGGACAUUCUCAACAGCAAGACAAUUGGUUGUGGUACUAGGACGGGCAAACUCUACUAUUUGGACUUGGCAUCUGAUAGUGAAGCCAGCCUAAGCCAAGCUUACACAAUUUGGGGUGUGAGUGUUGAGAAGAAGACUUCAGAAAUAUUUCCAAUUUUAAGUGUGACAUUUGUGAACUGGCCAAGAGCCAUCGUGUUCCUUUUCCCUUAA